AUGCCCAACUCAAAGUCUGAACGUGGAACUAGGGGUCGCUAUGCUCGGUUGAUCUGUCAAAAGUGCAGAUCCAGAAAGAUCAAAUGCAAUCUGCCAGAUGUACACGAGCUGGAUCCCCUCGGCUCUCCGCAGCCCCCUGCUAAGUCCUGCGAGCGCUGCCGUGCCCUUAAUAUUGAAUGCGUCAUUGAGCGUUCAAGUUUGGGUCGUCCACCUUUCAAGGGCAGUGAAAGUGAGACACGUCUGAAGUCGAAUUCUGCCCGUUCUCAUUUGGCUACGCAACAUGGCGAACUCGGCUCUCUCUUUCAAUCUCAGAUGAAGGAUCAUUUGAAUCUAGAGUCCAUCUCGAGCCCAGGAACCACCCAAGAAAUCCGUUCAGUGGCCGAAAAGACCGUUUUCGACACUGUCAUCGAGUUUCAACACUUUUUCACCUCGGCAUUGGGCAAAGAUAGAAUAUUCGGUGCUACGAUCCCUCGGAGCACUUCAGUUUGCCCGACUCCUCUCCCAGAGCUAGUGAGCCAAGAUAUAGUGAGUAGUCUUGACAAGGACUUAGAAUGCCUAAGACGUCGUCUCAAGUCGGAAGAUGAGCAGAAUAUUGGCACCAAUCUGCUCUUCGCAUUACUUUGUCUUAUCGCAUACGAUACGACGGGCAAAUUCGAUCCUCUCCAUUCACAUUUGAAGCGGAAUCUUCAGCUUGCUGUUUCAUCGUACGGCCAAGAGUUUAUAUUUUCCCCUCCCACUCAUUCCGACUCUGUUGUUGUCUGCCUCAUUUUGGCUGAUUAUAGACCCACCGCAGUGGGUGUAUCUCAGCAUACUGCACACCGAGCAAUCAAAUCGACCUUAUAUCUCGACACAGCUUUCAAAAUCGCUGAAAGAUUAGAGAUGUUACCUUCACAACUCAACCUCAGCUUUGCAGAUAUACCGACUAUGACUGAUGAAGAGUAUAAAGACCAAAUUAUGAAUUCUUUGCUAGGAAUGAAAAUAUUCAGUCAGGAUAUCAUUCAAGAUGGACUAUUGUCAAGACCACUCCAUCAACUGCAAGAAUCACUAGAUCGCAUGGCACCCCAUAUUCACAUUUAUCAGAAUGUGUUUAGGCAUCGUCCUUGCCCACCAAGGUUGAUUUUUCAAAUACAAUGGGCUACGGCGAGCUAUCUGCUUUUGGAUUCUCUGAAAUCAGUGAAACAGAACUGGACCGAUCCUCAAAGAUUAUCUCGUGCUGUUGAAGAUAUCGAACAGAAAUGCCUCGAACAGAUCAGAUUCUGCCACUGGGCACUUUCAAAUACCACUCAGACAGAGUCACCCGAGGAGGUAUCGGCUGCUCGCUCAUUGCUGGAAUAUCGUUUCCAUGCAGUCUUCAUACGAAUGCAUGGGGUUGCACUUUUUCACAUACUGGUUCUUAGAUCCAGAGUCUCAAACAACAGCUUCUCAGGGGCUUCUGAUGUCAGUCCUCUGGAAGCUAAUCAAAUGGGCCCAAAACUCUCGGAUGCCAUGAAAAAUAUCUCCGAUGAUCUUGGUGUUCAAAUUGUGACAUUUUUAUCACGCUUUGCGCAUCCCUUCCCCGAUCAAAUUCUCGCAGUGCUUGAGAGGUUCAUCGGAUGCACGAAUCUAAAGCUUGAUAACAUAUCACUUCAAGCUCCUUUCCGGGACAUCGUUCUCGACAUACUCGUCUUUUGCAGGUCAGUAGUGGAAAAUAAUGGCAUCCAUGUCAGGAGUUUAUCUGGAAAGAUGAGACCAAAUUCCGAUCGGCAGGUCUCGGUUAUUGCGGAGUGUGCUAGAAGACUCUGUAACAUGGUGACAGCCCCUAGCAAAUCGAUCGAAGCUGCGUUUGCUGGCGGCUGCGUCUUUGCUGCCAGCACUCGAGUCAUGAUGGCAAUUCUGGACAUCAUGAGAGAUUUGAAGAAAGAAAGCAAUUUGAAACAGGCUGUUCAGGUCCCGCUGGAUAUUCCUGAUGCUGGGCCGAGCACGAGUAAUCUUGAUAUCAAUCACCCGGAACCAGAUAAUGCGUGGUUUACUGAGCCAAUACCGAUUUCCUUCAAUGCCGGGGAUUUCGCUUUUGACUGGUCUAUGAUAAUGGGGAUUGAUGAAAACCUGAUCGACAAUGAACUGAAUUUUGAUUUUGGGUCCAGUUAA